CCAAUGAGGAAUUGUUUUUAUUUAAUAUAAACACAUGUGAAUUGUCAGGAAUUCCUAUAAUGUUUGUUUAAUUGUUUAAAAAAUAUUUUUGUUGUUUUUCUCAUCUUUGGAAACAUAUUAUAUUUCGCUUAGAAAGAAAAAAAAUGUCGCCUCCAAAUCGCGGUAGUCCUUCACGCAGUCCAGAAUCGUUUCAUAAUUCUGAUAUGUCAAAUAAGAAUACAUCGUUUGGAAAACGACAGCAAGCGUUUUAUUAUAAAAAUGUAUCAACUUUUGGUGAAAAAUGGCCGAAUAAGAAAAGAAAGACUUCUGAACAAGAGCAAAAAUAUAAUAAAAAGAAAAAAGAAGCAUGUAAAUUUAGAUUUGGAAAUUAUCAUCAAUAUUACGGUUAUCGAAAUCAGGGACAGCAAGACAAUCGGAUUCUAUGCAUGAAGCAAGAAUGGUUUAAUGGUAAAGAUGUUUUAGAUAUAGGUUGCAAUGCUGGACAUUUCACUCUUGCUAUUGCUAAAUAUUUCUCACCAAGAAGUAUUAUUGGUAUUGAUAUCGAUAAAGAGCUAGUCAGAAUGGCAAUGAAAAACAUACGACAUUAUAUAAAUCCAGAAGACAUUAAGGAUGACGAUUUCCCAAUAUCAUUCCCUAUAACAUAUGGGCCAAUCGCCCUGGCAAUGGAUCCGAAAGGCCGAUAUGAUUCCGGUAAUUUCCCUUUUAAUGUGCAGUUCGUCCAGGGAAAUUUUAUUUUGUCCUCUGAUGAGCUUGUGGAGAUGCAAGAAGAGCUUUUUGAUACUAUUUUAUGUCUCAGUUUAACAAAAUGGAUUCAUUUAAACUGGGGUGACACUGGUAUUAAGAGACUAUUUAACCGAAUUUUCAGACAACUUAAACCUGGUGGCAAUUUAAUUUUAGAAGCUCAAGCAUUUCAGUCUUAUGCAAAGAAAAAGAAACUUACGGAAGAUUUAUAUAAACAUUAUAAUGAAAUUCAACUAUUUCCUGAAAUGUUUAAUGAAUAUUUGUUGAAAGAAGUUGGUUUUGAAACUUGUCAACUGAUUGAUACUCCUGCUCAUUCAUCACAAGGUUUCAGUCGACCUAUUUAUCUUUUUAUUAAAGCUGGAGCUGUGGAGAAAAAGCCAAAGCAUAUCAUUUAUCAUUUCAGCUCAGAUGAAUCAUGUAAUGAUUCUGACGUGGAACAGCUAUUAUCAGAUUAAUAUAUUUGUCAUGUGUAGAU